GGUUUGGACUUCUUCUUCUUCUUCUUGUACCUUCGGUGCAUGGUUCAAGCUUCGAGUGUGAACAGCAGACAUGGAGAGUGAAAAGGAACUGAUGAACAAUGCUAAAACUCCUGUAACUUCCAGAUUGUCCAGAGUUUCUGAUUUGAUGACGGAGAUAAUGGAAAUUCAAGCUGAGGAUCCCAAGUUCCAUGUAUUGUUCAUCCCGGGGAAUCCAGGUGUUGUGCCAUUUUACAAGGACUUUUUGGAGUCUUUAUACGAGUUUCUUGAUGGAAAUGCAUCUAUUACCGCUAUUGGCCAAAUAUCUCAGACGACCAAGGACUGGGAGCCUGGGAGGCUGUUUUCGUUACAAGAACAAAUCGACCAUAAGGUUGGCUUUAUCAGACAGGACAUGGAGGGAGUGAAAGUUCCAAUAAUACUUGUUGCACACUCCAUUGGUUCUUAUAUAUCCCUUGACAUUUUAAGGAAGUUCUCUGAAAAGGUGGUAUAUUGCAUUGGCUUGUAUCCAUUUCUGACUCUGAACAAACAGUCAACAAAACAAUCAUUAAUUGGAAAACUUGCAGCGUCUUCUGUUCUAUCGGCUACAGCAAGUUUUCUGAUUGCAUCACUGAGACUGUUACCUGUGUGGGCUGCACGUCGGCUUGUAUCUAACUCACUUGGAGCUUCAUGGUCUGACACUGCUGUUCAAGCUACUUGCACUCACUUGAGGCAGUAUCACACCAUGCGCAAUGUUCUCUAUAUGGCAAUGACAGAGUUUAGAGAGCUUGCAGCAGAGCCAGAUUGGGACUUCAUGAGAGAAAACCAGAGCAGACUUGCAUUUUUAUUUGGCAUUGAUGAUCAUUGGGGUCCAUUGCAACUCUUUGAAGAGAUUUCAAAGCAGGCUCCUGGUACUUCCUUAUCUAUUGAGAGGGAAGGUCACACGCACGCGUUCUGCUGCACUGUGGCUGGCUCGGUGUGGGUUGCUCAGCACGUAGCCACUCUGAUCAAGAACCGGUUUACGCACCUCCAGUAAAUGUAAAUUGUCCCGACUUUUAAACCAAAUAAACCGGUCUGUGAAUUUACAUUUUGAACCAUCAAUAGCGUUAAACCAAUGAGCCGAGUUGUUCUGGCCCAAACAUAUCUUCUUUUUUUUUGU